CGCUGCAGGAUGAAAAGGACCCAAUCCGUCUCAGAACUCCAACAACAGUGAUGGGCGACGGUAUGAAGACGCAGCUGGUGAGCGCCAUCCACCUGCAGGAGGUGGAGCUGCAGGAGAAGCCUGCAGACAAGCGGCAGGGCAGCAACGGUGAGACCUUCACCGUUGAAGAAGCCGUCGAAAAAAUCGGCUUUGGGCGAUUUCACAUCCUGCUGUUCGUCAUCAUGGGCAGCUCCAACAUAGUGGAGGCGAUGGAGAUCAUGCUGCUGGCCGUAGUUUCUCCGGAGAUCCGCUGCGAGUGGCGUCUGGAUGAUUGGCAGGUCGCUCUCGUCUCCACGAUGGUGUUUCUGGGCUUCAUGGUCUGUGGAGUUCUGGGAGGAUACGUGGCCGACCGGUACGGGCGCUGGAAGGUCUUCUGGAUGACCGGCUCCAUGCUGAUCAUCAUCUUGGGGAUGUUGGUGGUUCCCACUCUGGGCUGGAGGUGGAUGAUCCGGAUCUCCGUCACCCCGAGUCUCAUCCUCAUCUUCCUCUUCAAGUUCAUCCCGGAGUCGGCGCGCUACAACGUGUCGGCAGGAAACGUAGACGCUGCCGUCAAGACGCUGCAGCGAAUCGCCAAAAUGAACCGAGCGACGCUUCCUCCAGGACGCCUGGCGGAACCGGCAGUGAGAGAACGAGGCAGCUGGAGGAUUCUGCUGAGCUCGUCCUACAGGAGAACCUCGGUUCUGCUCUGGUACUCCUGGUUCGUGGCUUCGUUCGCCUACUACGGUUCGGUUCUGAGCAGUUCGGAGCUGCUGGAGAAGAACCUGCUCUGCGUGACGGGCGCCGACCGCGAGCAUCAGGUCAAACACCGCCAGGAGGACGGGCUGUGCUACUGCAUCCCCUUCGCCUUCAACGACUACCAGACGCUGCUCAUCAGCUGCCUGGGCGAGGUCGCACUGGUUCCUCUGAACAUCGGUUUGCUCAACGUCUUCGGGCGGAAGAUGACUCUGACGGUGCUGCAGCUGAUGGCGGCCAUUUUCUUCAUGCUGAUAAACAUCUGCACGACCAUGUUUGGCUUCACCGUCCUCCUGUUCCUGCUGCGUUCUCUGGUCUCCAUGAACUUUAAUGUGGUUUAUAUUUACACCGCUGAGGUGUAUCCCACUGCAGCACGCUCUCUGGGGAUGGGCUUCUGUACGUCGUUCAGUCGCAUCGGAGGAAUGAUCGCUCCGUUCAUUGCUCAGGUGCUGAUGUCCCAGUCGGUGUUCCUGGCUCUCAGUCCGUUCUCGGUGGCCUGUGUUCUCUGCGCUCUGGGAAACUUCUUGCUGCCGAUAGAAACUAAAGGACGAGCUCUGCUGCAAAGCUCCUGAUGACGCCGCCGAACAACAAACUGCUGCUGUUUUAUCUGUUACAUGUGUGAAGACAUUAAAUGUGUCGCUGAGCUCAGCUGUUGCUGUCACUUCGUUAAAGUAAAUAUCAAGGACUCAGUCUAACAGAACAAAAAUACUUUGAUUUAUACUCUCAGGUGGUCGCUGAUGAAAACAUUAUUAUAAAGAUAAUAUUCAGUUUUUAGUAAAAGAUCCCUGGAAGCUACAAAACUGCAUUUUGUGUUCAUGAUUUUAUGAAUGAACGUUGGUAGUUUAGUAUCAGACAGAAGUUCUCUGGUUUAAACGUUUGCUGUCCUGCUCAGGGAUUUGAAUCGCCAUGAAGUGACCUCUACAUUAAAUACCGUCAACUGUAAAACAAAAGGAAUCGUCUGAUGUUUAGCUUUCAAACUGUCCUUGAACUCCUCAUCUGUGAACUGCUGCUCCAUCAGGAAAAUCAACCGAACCUAGAUUUGGUCCAGAUCUAUUUAUUCUGUCUCGCUGAAAAGUUCAACAGACGUAAAGUGUUUACACAACCGAGAUUUUGUAAAAACUAACAGAAAUCAUUAGUUGUGACCAACAGUUCCAGAACAUCAGGGAGUUUCUGUCCAGACUGAACUGCAGGCAGUGUUUCCACGAAACAAAGUGUGAAAACAAACUGAACAUGUAAAUAGUUAAAUAUCUGUUGUAUGUACGUUAUUUUCUCAUUGUUGGUGACACGUGUGGACACUCGGACAAAUGUUGGACGCGUUGAUUCUGGUUUUUGUAAAAUAAAAAAUGUAGCUUUCAUUAUUUUCUGA